AUGGGCGAAGAUUUCUUCCGAUAUCUUCCAUCCGAAAUCGUAUUAGAUAUCCUCUCAAGACUCCCUACUCAAGACGCUAUGGCUUGCAAGUGUGUUUGUAAGCCAUGGCUUGUUCUUCUCGCUACCCCUGAGUUUGUGAAUUUCCAUCUUUCUAGAUCAGUCCCGGGCAUCGUUGUUGAAACACACUCAACAAGGUCAUACGACGUCAUUGAAGCCUUCAACUCUGAUGAAGAGCAUUUUCGGGAUGUAACCUUCAACUUCAAACUCCCUUUUGAUGAACCAAUUCAUAGUUCAGCCGAUGGUUUGAUCUUUCUAAAAGACGAUGAUUUUGGUGAUCUUAUCCUGUGUAAUCCAAUCACUCGUGACUAUAUCAAACUCCCUUUUCCUCCACAGACUACCUCCGCAGAAGAGCUUGAAAUGGAUACAUUUGGAUUUGGAGUGAGCAGAACGACCGGCCAAUAUAAGGCCGUCAGGGUUUUCGAACAAGAUCGGUUACCAUUUGAGUGCCAAGUAUACACCGUUGGAACCGGAUUGUGGAGAAAAGUUCCUUCUGAUAGCCUGCUUAGCUUUUUUUACCACCAUAAAAUGGUACUUUUGAAUGGAAAUCUUCAUUUGAUGGCAUUGGAGAUGACAAUAGACGGCAUGGUUGAACAUAUUUCUUGCCUUGAUCUCGAAACAGAAGUUUUUAGCACAUUUUCUAUACCUGACCCUGAAGGCUUAGGUUUCAGCUAUUGUAGGAUGGCAUCUGUUUUUAGGGAUUGUCUCUGUCUAAGCCAUAUUACAGCUGAUGGGGAAAUUGUAAUCUGGUUGAUGAAGGAAUAUGGAGAUGAUAAUUCUUGGGUAAGGGAAGUUUUCGUGUGCGAAGUUGCUGGAGGAUUUUUUAAUGAAAGUCAUGUUUGGCCAAUCAGAGUUUUUGAAAAUGGGGACAUCUUGAUGGAAUGUGAUGGCAAGCCAUUCUACUACUCCAAAAAGACUAAAACUUUCGACUAUGACACCGCAUUUCGAGGGGAUCGUUUUUCUUAUAUCUCUAUGACCAUAUAUACCUCAAGCUUUGUCUCUCUCAAGAAUUUUGCCAUGGAGAAUGUAAGCUCAUUUUGA